CACCGCGCCAGCCCAGUCCCCAGUGGGCCGCCAUGUUGUCGGAGUGAAAGGUAAGGGGGAGCGAGAGCGCCGGAGAGAGAAGAUCGGGGGGCUGAAAUCCAUCUUCAUCCUACCGCUCCGCCCGUGUUGGUGGAAUGAGCGUUGCAUGUGUCUUGAAGAGAAAAGCAGUGCUUUGGCAGGACUCUUUCAGCCCCCACCUGAAACAUCACCCUCAAGAACCAGCUAAUCCCAACAUGCCUGUUGUUUUGACAUCUGGAACAGGGUCGCAAGCGCAGCCACAACCAGCUGCAAAUCAGGCUCUUGCAGCUGGGACUCACUCCAGCCCUGUCCCAGGAUCUAUAGGAGUUGCAGGCCGUUCCCAGGACGACGCUAUGGUGGACUACUUCUUUCAGAGGCAGCAUGGUGAGCAGCUUGGGGGAGGAGGAAGUGGAGGAGGCGGCUAUAAUAAUAGCAAACAUCGAUGGCCUACUGGGGAUAACAUUCAUGCAGAACAUCAGGUGCGUUCCAUGGAUGAACUGAAUCAUGAUUUUCAAGCACUCGCUCUGGAGGGAAGAGCGAUGGGAGAGCAGCUCUUGCCAGGUAAAAAGUUUUGGGAAACAGAUGAAUCCAGCAAAGAUGGACCAAAAGGAAUAUUCCUGGGUGAUCAAUGGCGAGACAGUGCCUGGGGAACAUCAGAUCAUUCAGUUUCCCAGCCAAUCAUGGUGCAGAGAAGACCUGGUCAGAGUUUCCAUGUGAACAGUGAGGUCAAUUCUGUACUGUCCCCACGAUCGGAGAGUGGGGGACUAGGCGUUAGCAUGGUGGAGUAUGUGUUGAGCUCAUCCCCGGGCGAUUCCUGUCUAAGAAAAGGAGGAUUUGGCCCAAGGGAUGCAGACAGUGAUGAAAACGACAAAGGUGAAAAGAAGAACAAGGGUACGUUUGAUGGAGAUAAGCUAGGAGAUUUGAAGGAGGAGGGUGAUGUGAUGGACAAGACCAAUGGUUUACCAGUGCAGAAUGGGAUUGAUGCAGACGUCAAAGAUUUUAGCCGUACCCCUGGUAAUUGCCAGAACUCUGCUAAUGAAGUGGAUCUUCUGGGUCCAAACCAGAAUGGUUCUGAGGGCUUAGCCCAGCUGACCAGCACCAAUGGUGCCAAGCCUGUGGAGGAUUUCUCCAACAUGGAGUCCCAGAGUGUCCCCUUGGACCCCAUGGAACAUGUGGGCAUGGAGCCUCUUCAGUUUGAUUAUUCAGGCACGCAGGUACCUGUGGACUCAGCAGCAGCAACUGUGGGACUUUUUGACUACAAUUCUCAACAACAGCUGGUUUCAUCAAACUUAUUAUCAGCCUAUAAUGAGAUACAUGACAUGGAGCAGCCUGCAAAUAGGGAAAAGCUGUUCCAAAGACCUAAUGCGCUUGCUGUCCAGCAGUUGACAGCUGCUCAGCAGCAGCAGUAUGCACUGGCAGCUGCUCAUCAGCCGCACAUCGGUAUGUUUUCAGCAGGUUUAGCUCCCGCUGCGUUUGUCCCCAAUCCAUACAUCAUCAGCGCUGCUCCCCCAGGGACGGACCCCUACACAGCUGGAUUGGCUGCAGCAGCGACACUAGGCCCAGCUGUGGUCCCUCACCAGUAUUAUGGAGUUACUCCCUGGGGAGUCUACCCUGCCAGUCUUUUCCAGCAGCAAGCUGCUGCUGCCGCUGCAGCAACUAAUUCAGCUAAUCAACAGACCACCCCACAGGCUCAGCAAGGACAGCAGCAGGUUCUCCGUGGAGGAGCCAGCCAACGUCCUUUGACCCCAAACCAGAACCAGCAGGGACAGCAAACAGAUCCCCUUGUGGCAGCUGCAGCAGUGAAUUCUGCCCUUGCCUUUGGACAAGGUCUGGCAGCAGGCAUGCCAGGUUAUCCGGUGUUGGCUCCUGCUGCUUACUAUGACCAAACUGGUGCCCUUGUAGUGAAUGCAGGCGCGAGAAAUGGUCUUGGAGCUCCGGUUCGACUUGUAGCUCCUGCCCCAGUCAUCAUUAGUUCCUCAGCUGCACAAGCAGCUGUUGCAGCAGCCGCAGCUUCAGCAAAUGGAGCAGCUGGUGGUCUUGCUGGAACAACAAAUGGACCAUUUCGCCCUUUAGGAACACAGCAGCCUCAGCCCCAGCCCCAGCAGCAGCCCAAUAACAACCUGGCAUCCAGUUCUUUCUACGGCAACAACUCUCUGAACAGCAAUUCACAGAGCAGCUCCCUCUUCUCCCAGGGCUCUGCCCAGCCUGCCAACACAUCCUUGGGAUUCGGAAGUAGCAGUUCUCUCGGCGCCACCCUGGGAUCCGCCCUUGGAGGGUUUGGAACAGCAGUUGCAAACUCCAACACUGGCAGUGGCUCCCGCCGUGACUCCCUGACUGGCAGCAGUGACCUUUAUAAGAGGACAUCGAGCAGCUUGACCCCCAUUGGACACAGUUUUUAUAACGGCCUUAGCUUUUCCUCCUCUCCUGGACCCGUGGGCAUGCCUCUCCCUAGUCAGGGACCAGGACAUUCACAGACACCACCUCCUUCCCUCUCUUCACAUGGAUCCUCUUCAAGCUUAAACCUGGGAGGACUCACGAACGGCAGUGGAAGAUACAUCUCUGCUGCUCCAGGCGCUGAAGCCAAGUACCGCAGUGCAAGCAGCGCCUCCAGCCUCUUCAGCCCGAGCAGCACUCUUUUCUCUUCCUCUCGUUUGCGAUAUGGAAUGUCUGAUGUCAUGCCUUCUGGCAGGAGCAGGCUUUUGGAAGAUUUUCGAAACAACCGGUACCCCAAUUUACAACUGCGGGAGAUUGCUGGACAUAUAAUGGAAUUUUCCCAAGACCAGCAUGGGUCCAGAUUCAUUCAGCUGAAACUGGAGCGUGCCACACCAGCUGAGCGCCAGCUUGUCUUCAAUGAAAUCCUCCAGGCUGCCUACCAGCUCAUGGUGGAUGUGUUUGGAAAUUACGUCAUUCAGAAGUUCUUUGAAUUUGGCAGUCUUGAACAGAAGCUGGCUUUGGCAGAACGGAUUCGAGGCCAUGUCCUGUCAUUGGCACUACAGAUGUAUGGCUGCCGUGUUAUCCAGAAAGCUCUUGAGUUUAUUCCUUCAGACCAGCAGGUAAUUAAUGAGAUGGUUCGGGAACUAGAUGGCCAUGUCUUGAAGUGUGUGAAAGAUCAGAAUGGCAAUCAUGUGGUUCAGAAAUGCAUUGAAUGUGUACAGCCCCAGUCUUUGCAAUUUAUCAUCGAUGCGUUUAAGGGACAGGUAUUUGCCUUGUCCACACAUCCUUAUGGCUGCCGAGUGAUUCAGAGAAUCCUGGAGCACUGUCUCCCUGACCAGACACUCCCUAUUUUAGAGGAGCUUCACCAGCACACAGAGCAGCUUGUACAGGAUCAAUAUGGAAAUUAUGUAAUCCAACAUGUGUUGGAGCAUGGUCGUCCUGAGGAUAAAAGCAAAAUUGUAGCAGAAAUCCGAGGCAAUGUACUUGUAUUGAGUCAGCACAAAUUUGCAAGCAAUGUUGUGGAGAAGUGUGUUACUCACGCUUCACGUACGGAGCGCGCUGUGCUCAUCGAUGAGGUGUGCACCAUGAACGACGGUCCCCACAGUGCCUUAUACACCAUGAUGAAGGACCAGUAUGCCAACUACGUGGUCCAGAAGAUGAUUGACGUGGCGGAGCCAGGCCAGCGGAAGAUCGUCAUGCAUAAGAUCCGGCCCCACAUUGCAACUCUUCGUAAGUACACCUAUGGCAAGCACAUUCUGGCCAAGCUGGAGAAGUACUACAUGAAGAACGGCGUUGACUUAGGGCCCAUCUGUGGCCCCCCUAAUGGUAUCAUCUGAGGCAGUGUCACCCGCUGUUCCCUCAUUCCCGCUGACCUCACUGGCCCACUGGCAAAUCCAACCAGCAACCAGAAAUGUUCUAGUGUAGAGUCUGAGACGGGCAAGUGGUUGCUCCAGGAUUACUCCCUCCUCCAAAAAAGGAAUCAAAUCCACGAGUGGAAAAGCCUUUGUAAAUUUAAUUUUAUUACACAUAACAUGUACUAUUUUUUUUAAUUGACUAAUUGCCCUGCUGUUUUACUGGUGUAUAGGAUACUUGUACAUAGGUAACCAAUGUACAUGGGAGGCCACAUAUUUUGUUCACUGUUGUAUCUAUAUUUCACAUGUGGAAACUUUCAGGGUGGUUGGUUUAACAAAAAAAAAAGCUUUUAAAAAAAAAAGAAAAAAAAGAAAAGGUUUUUAGCUCAUUUGCCUGAACCGGCAAGUUUUGCAAAUAGCUCUUCCCCACCUCCUCAUUUUAGUAAAAAACAAACAAAAACAAAAAAACCUGAGAAGUUUGAAUUGUAGUUAAAUGACCCCAAACUGGCAUUUAACACUGUUUAUAAAAAAUAUAUAUACAUAUAUAUAUAUAUAUAUAUAUAUAUAAUGAAAAAGGUUUCAGAGUUGCUAAAGCUUCAGUUUGUGACAUUAAGUUUAUGAAAUUCUAAAAAAUGCCUUUUUUGGAGACUAUAUUAUGCUGAAGAAGGCUGUUCGUGAGGAGGAGAUGCGAGCACCCAGAACGUCUUUUGAGGCUGGGCGGGUGUGAUUGUUUACUGCCUACUGGAUUUUUUUCUAUUAACAUUGAAAGGUAAAAUCUGAUUAUUUAGCAUGAGAAAAAAAAAAUCCAACUCUGCUUUUGGUCUUGCUUCUAUAAAUAUAUAGUGUAUACUUGGUGUAGACUUUGCAUAUAUACAAAUUUGUAGUAUUUUCUUGUUUUGAUGUCUAAUCUGUAUCUAUAAUGUACCCUAGUAGUCGAACAUACUUUUGAUUGUACAAUUGUACAUUUGUAUACCUGUAAUGUAAAUGUGGAGAAGUUUGAAUCAACAUAAACACGUUUUUUGGUAAGAAAAGAGAAUUAGCCAGCCCUGUGCAUUCAGUGUAUAUUCUCACCUUUUAUGGUCGUAGCAUAUAGUGUUGUAUAUUGUAAAUUGUAAUUUCAACCAGAAGUAAAUUUUUUUCUUUUGAAGAAAUAAAUGUUCUUUAUACAGCCUAGUUAAUGUUUAAAAAGAAAAAAGUAGCUUGGUUUUAUUUGUCAUCUAGUCUCAAGUAUAGCGAGAUUCUUUCUAAAUGUUAUUCAAGAUUGAGUUCUCACUAGUGUUUUUUUAAUCCUAAAAAAGUAAUGUUUUGAUUUUGUGACAGUCAAAAGGACGUGCAAAAGUCUAGCCCUGCCCGAGCUUUCCUUACAAUCAGAGCCCCUCUCACCUUGUAAAGUGUGAAUCGCCCUUCCCUUUUGUACAGAAGAUGAACUGUAUUUUGCAUUUUGUCUACUUGUAAGUGAAUGUAACAUACUGUCAAUUUUCCUUGUUUGAAUAUAGAAUUGUAACACUACACGGUGUACAUUUCCAGAGCCUUGUGUAUAUUUCCAAUGAACUUUUUUGCAAGCACACUUGUAACCAUAUGUGUAUAAUUAACAAACCUGUGUAUGCUUAUGCCUGGGCAACUAUUUUUUGUAACUCUUGUGUAGAUUGUCUCUAAACAAUGUGUGAUCUUUAUUUUGAAAAAUACAGAACUUUGGAAUCUG